AGUUUGCGCGCAAACAAAUUGGAUGAUUCGUCAACAAACGAUUGGUGUGAGUGUACACUUAGUGAAUUUUCGUAAUGGCAUAACAAAUUUACAUCAGUAUAACCUAUUAUAGUUGCAAGCUUUUGGGCAGUUACACCACACAGAGCCACCAUCCAGUAGGAAGAUUGUUUUCUACCCUGUCUAACAAGAUGGCAGGAACAACUCUUUCUCUACUUUUCAGCUUGUCAGCUGUCUUCAUUGUGGCCACAUUUGGUGCACAGAGUGACCGAGUGUUAUUGCGUGAAAUUUCUGCCAUAACACUGAGACAUGGUAUGCAAACAAAUGCCCGCAGAUCAUCAUCUGUCCCACAGGUGAAAUGUGUUGGGGGAUCAGCUGGUUGUCACGCCUUCGUCCCACAGGUGGUUCAGUGUCAAAACCGUGGUUUUGAUGGCUACGAUGUUCAGUGGGAGUGCAAGACUGAUAUGGACAAUGCCUAUCGCUUUGGCCAAGUCGAGGUGUCCUGUGAAGGGUUCGACUAUCCCGAUGACCCCUACGUCCUCAGGGGAUCCUGUGGGUUGGAGUACACCUUGGACCUCACAAAGGAAGGACAUCAGCAGAAACAUCACCAUAGCAACCAGCACAACUAUGGCGACGAUUACCAUGACCGUAGCUCCAACUACUACAGCAGCCACAAGACGCAGCACUCAUCCUUUGGAGGUGUCAUUGGCCUAGUUGCAGCUGGAUUUGUCAUUUAUAUGAUCUACAAGAUGUGUCUAGCUCCUCCAACCAAUACCGCAGGUGCUCGGCCGGACCAGCCACCACCCUACACCCCCCCACGACAACAACCAGGCACCACCCCCAGGGUUCAAACCUACUAUGGUAAUGCUGGCAACACAGGCAGCUAUCCUAACACUGGUGGAUAUGCAAACACAGGGACGUAUGCUAACAGAGGAGGAUAUGCAGGGACGUCUACCAACACUGGAGCUGGAAAUGGCUUCGGAGGCUUCUGGACAGGAAUGGGAGCUGGUGGAUUACUGGGAUACCUGUUCGGCAGCGGCAACAGUGGCUAUGGCAACAGUGGCUAUGGCAACCGAGGCUACACACAUCGUCACCACAACACUGGGUCGUUCUGGGGUAACGGGGCUGGCGGAUGGGGUGGGGGUGGGGGCAGUGGGUUCUCCAGUGGGUGGUCCUCUGGGAGAUCCUCUGGGGGAUCCUCUGGGGGGUCUUAUUCUGGGGGCAGUAGCUCUGGAACCAGGACAGCCUCAGGGUUUGGAGGGACUAAGAGAAGGUAACUCAUUCACAGAAACACUGAAUGAUGCAAAUGCAUGAAGGCAGAUGAUGGGUGAAAAUAUGCAUUUCUUUGGCCCAAGUUCAACUUCAAACAAUAUUACUGCUAUAUAGGUUUGUGGAUGUUGGGAGGGAGGGGGUGGGGGUAUUUCUCCAUUUACAUCAAAGUGGAUACAAUUCCAGAAGUUUAAGGACCAAGGGGGUGUAUUUGGUAUCAUGUACCAUGUACUUAUUCAAUGAAGAUGUUUCAUUGGACAAUGAUGUUCUGAUUAGGUGACCUUUCUUUCACGUACAAUUUAUUCAGUAGAUGUGAGAUCCCUGAUUAUUUAUCAUUUCUUAUGCUAAAGAGGCUGAAUGCCCAAUGUGAAAGGCUAAAGGAUUAUAUCAAGCCUUGAAAUUCAAGCAGCUUUUUGUUUUCUUUUAUUAUUUAACAUGUUACACUUUAUUUAAGUCCCAAGUAUGUUCAAUAUGCAGAAGAUUUGGAAAAGCAAAACCUGAUCAGCCUGAUUUUCAUUCUUUCAAAGAUGUCAAUGGGUUUGGGACUUUUAGUGAUUUCAUCUUUUUUCUUCAAUUUGUGCAAAUAUUUUCCUUCUCAUGUGAUCAUCACUUACCAUAUUUAUCUGUGUAUUUGUUUGUGAUUAAUAUGGAGGUGAAGAAAAUGAAAACAACUUUAGCAACUUUGUGUGCAUUCCUGGAUGACUAUACAGGCGUGUUUGUUGCAAAUCCAACAUAAGAAAGUGGGAUCUACACAAGAUUUCUUUGUGAGAUUUCUACACAAAUAUAGUCCAACCAGCAACUGUCAAGUUUGUUCUUGCCCAAUUAAAAUACCAAUUUGAGAAUUUGUUAGGGUUGUUUCCAUGGUGACAUAUGUUUCCGUGUUCCUUUCUCCAAAAGGGGCAUCGAUUUGGUUUGAGCAGCGUAUUUUACAAAGAGAUUUGUGUGAACACUUCUAUGUUUUGACUGAUAUACUCUUGGAUGGAUGUCUUGAUGUACAUUAUCUAGUUUACAUUUUAAAUGAGAAGAAUAAGUAACAUAUUUCAUGUUAAAUAUUUGUUUGCCUUUAUAUCUUUCUUUCAACUGACAAGAUAAGAUAAUGACAGAGUCAUUUAUCAAACUAUCUUUAAUGAAUUUGUAUCUGAAAUCUCAUAAUGUCCGAAAAGUUUUUAUAAAUUUUGGACUAAAUGUUUGAUGGUUCCGUCAUAACCAGCUGAAGUGUUACUAUAUUGUGUGAAGACAUGGAAUCUAUAAUUCUGGACUUUGGAAAAAAAUAUCAUGGGAUUCUAGAAAAGCAAAAUUCAUUUUCGAAAGGUAAAGCCUGUUUUUGUACUUAUCUUUAAAAGCGAUUCCCAUGUCAAGUGUGUGUUUAUAUAGAAUCACAUACCUGAUUAUCCUUGUCCAGGAUAUUUUGUGUUCAUAAAAGUUGUAAAGUACAACUGAUUGUGAUAUUUGUCUGUAUGUACCAAAAAAAAUGUAAAUAUGUGAAUCGAUAAUAAACAUUAUGUUUUUGA